CCUCGUUCUUACAUCGGUUUAAUUGGUGAAUCUCGUCUGAUUAAGACCCGACACUGUCAGACAAACAUUUAUCGGAGAGGAAAGGGAAAAAGAUCCCCUCCAAUCGGACAUAUCGCAGCUCAGCGCGCCCCACGUUCAUCCCCAGUCGGACUACCAGAGACUUCCCUACCCAACGGACUACCGAAACAUCCACCGACAACAACACCAACAUGUCGAAAUUCGGCGUCCUCGUCAUGGGCCCGGCAGGCGCCGGCAAGACCACCUUCUGCAACGCCAUGAUCCAACACCUCCAAACCACCCGCCGCAGCUGCUUCUACGUGAACCUAGACCCCGCCGCCGAGACCUUCAACUACGAGCCGGACCUCGACAUCCGGGACCUGAUCACGCUGGAAGACGUCAUGGAGGAGAUGGGGCUGGGACCAAACGGUGGUCUCAUCUACUGCUUCGAGUUCCUGCUGCAGAACCUGGACUUCCUGUCCGAGGCGAUCGACCCGCUUUCCGAAGAGUACCUGAUUAUCAUCGACAUGCCGGGCCAGAUCGAGCUGUAUACGCACGUGCCGCUGCUGCCGUCGUUGGUGAACUUCUUGUCCCGCGCGGGUCCGCUCAAUGUGAAUCUCUGUGCGGCGUAUCUGCUGGAGAGUACCUUUGUGGUGGAUAAGGCGAAGUUCUUUGCGGGGACCCUGAGCGCCAUGUCUGCGAUGUUGAUGCUGGAGAUGCCGCAUGUGAAUAUCCUGACGAAGAUGGAUCAGGUGCGCGAUAUGGUCUCGCGGAAGGAGAUGCGGCGGUUUACGAAUGUGGACGUGCAGUCGUUGCAGGAUGCGGAGGAGGCGCCGGUGGGGGAUGAGGAGGAGGCGGAGACGGGGACGGAAGACCCCUCGGCGGCGAAGACGGUCAUGAGCGGGAGGUCGUUCCAGCGGCUGAACCGGGCGGUGGCGCAGUUGAUUGAUGACUUUAGCAUGGUGUCGUUUUUGCAGCUCGAGGUGCAGGAUGAGGAUAGUGUCGCUGCUGUGUUGAGCCAUAUCGACGAUGCGAUUCAGUAUCAUGAGGCGCAGGAGCCGCGCGAGCCGAGUGAUGAGCAUGAUAUUGACUAUGAGGAUACGGAGUGAGGGGCUCUUCCGGACCUUUACGGGGUUUUCUAUCCAUACGCCUAUCAUACAGCUAUCGGUGGCUUCGAUACAUGCGCUCAUGGUCUACUGAUCAGGACGAGCGACGCAGUCCGGUCGCUCACAGCUGACCAUCAGCAUCAGCUCCGACUCGCUCGGCUCUCAGCACGCGUCCUCCUACUCGGAGACAGCUUUAGCCGGACAGCUGCUGAAGCAGAUACAUCCGCACUAAUAAUAGUAAUGAUAGUAAUGACAUUAUGCAGU